UUUAGUAUAAGAAAAGUGAAUAUUCAACCUCCUUCUCGUCCAGGGUGCUAAUAACUCUUCAUACGCGUUAUCCUCCUGCUCUGUGGCAUUCAUCGCCCUUCAUACCACGUAACGCACAACCUAUAUUGCGCAACAGAGGGCAGGUCUGUCCUCCGCCUCCUCGCACGUUGCUCUGACCGGACCAGACCAGCCAUUCAUCCAUCCAGCACUCAGAAGCUGCGGCAUUCCCCAUCGGAGAGCAGCGAUGUUUUCCUGCAGAGCGGCCUGGCAAAGGUGUGGGCCUUUGGCACGGAGAGCAGCCUACAGGCUGCAGCGGGAUGUUGUGCAGCGGCGGCCGAUGUCGUCAGUUCCUGGUGGCUCCGGGGAGAACAUAGUCUACGCCUUGCUGUGUGGAGGAGCCUUUGUCGGUGCUGUGACAUAUGCGGUCAAAACCGUGUCCUCUGACGCCGCCAGGUUCAAUGACCGCGUUGCAGAAAUCAAGGCUAGACCUAAGUCUGAGUGGCAACCCAGACCAUGGCCACACAAGAGCCAGGACGAUGAAGAGGGUGGAGAGGAAGAGGAGGCAGCAGCUGAGGAGGCCGGUGGAGAGGCUGAAGUUGCAGAAGAAGCUGAGGUUGUUGAAGAGGAGGCUGCCAAUGGCGAGGCAGAGACUGUAGUGGAGGCGGUCGCCGAAGUUGUCGCAGAGGCCGCUGAAGUCGUCGCUGAGGUGGCUGAGGUGGUUGCCGAGGCUGCACAGGAGGUGGAGACAGUAGCUGAAGAAGUGGCCCAAGUGGCCGAAGCUGUUGAGGAGGCUGCAGAAGCUGUCGCAGAGCCACCUGCGGUCGCUGCAGAGGGGCCCGAAAGCAACGUGCCCCUGGCAGCUGCCUCUACUGCAGAGGUACUGAAGAUGGCUGAGGUAAAGGAAGAGUUGGCACCAAUUAUUGAAGAUAUCAAAGAGGAAGAGUCCCCAGCCCCAGUAGAGGCAAAGCCUGUUGAAGAAAUUGCACCAGUUAAGGGGGCCAUUGCACCAGUUAAGGGGGCCAUUGCACCAGCAGAAGAGGCCCCUACACCAGUGGAAGCAGUACAAGUAGUUGAAGAGGCCCCUGCACUAGCAGAGGCAGUACCAGUUGUUGAAGAGGCCCCUGCACCAGUCGUUGAGGCACCAGUUGUUGAAGAGGCCCCUGCACCAGUUGUUGAAGAGGCCCCUGCACCAGUCGUUGAGGCACCAGUUGUUGUUGAAGAGGCCCCUGCACCAGUCGUUGAGGCACCAGUUGUUGAAGAGGCCUCUGCACCAGUUGUUGAGGCACCAGUUUUUGAAGAGGCCCCUGCACCAGUUGUUGAGACACCUGUCGUUGAAGAGGCCCCUGCACCAGUUGUUGAGGCACCAGUUGUUGAGGAGGCACCUGCACCAGUUGUUGAGGAGGCGCCUGCACCAGUUGUUGAGGAGGCGCCUGCAACAGUGGUUGAAGAAGCCUCUGCACCUGAGGUUACCACAGCUCUAAUUGAAGAACCAGUCACCACCACAACUGUUGAAGUUUCAGCAGCCCCUGCUGCAGAAGUAGCCAGCUCUGUGGUGGAAGAAACGGUUGCAGCCCCUGCAGAAGAUCCCAAGAGAGAGUACAUUGUUGUGGUUCUGGAAGGAACCCCUAAAUCAGAAAAGCGACCCAAGGUGCUAGGAGUGGGGACAAUGAGUGGUAGAAUCAUCCCAGCUCCAGACGAUGAUGCCCCUGCUUCUGAGGGUAGGCGACGUCUUCUUAGGAUGCAAAUGGAGUAGUUCCACCUAAGUAAACAGCUCCUGAAUGACGAUUUUCUAUCCUGCAGAAGAGGACGUGCCUUUCUCCUACCCAUUCACUUCCUCCUUUCCCCCGACAAACACAAAGGGACUGAUAUGUGUAGUUCCAGUGUAAAGAUGAACAUGAUGUAGUGUUGAGAUCAAUGUCUGCUUUGUGGAACCAACAUAUUAGUGGUACCCAUAUAGCCAAAUUACUGUGACACUCCACUCUGACUUGCAUGUCUUGAGUCCUGUCUGUAGCUGAACAGGUCUCUGGUUUCUCUAGUAGCCUCGAUAAUCUUGUAACCUCAGUGAAUUUCAACCUGUUUACUGCUGUGGACAAAACUGAGCCAUUCAGUCUGCCAUUUUCCUUACAGUGUUUAUUGUCUCAGUGGAAUAUCUUCACACUCCUCACCACAUCCUAUGAACCCAGUCACUGCCCAGCCACUCGCGACGUGAACCUACAGUGUUAUCUCUUAGAGCAAGCUGUGCUUUGAGUCACCAGCAGUCUUUACAAUACCCGACCUCAGGUUUCUUCUUGACUUCUCUCGUUGUAAAAAUGACAAGCUUUGUUUUAUAAAUACUGGCUCGACAGCCCAUGUCGAGUAGCUACCCUGCUACCUCAGCUUUCCUCUCAAUGACACUACAGACCUCCUCUUGAUGCUCUGUUACAGUUUCUAAGCCAAUAACGCAGUUGCUAAGCCACUUACUUCAGUAAGCACAUUAUUUUUGAUCACCAAAACUACUCAUCCUGUGAAACCUAGACUUGAUUUCCAUUUAGUUUUCUUCCAUUUAAAACAAGCCUGCUCUCUCGUCGGUUAAAACUCUAAAGCAUGUUUCUCUUUUGGCCACAUCCCUAACCCAUGAUGUCACAGCUGGUGUUUUCCAACAGCUAUGGAGGGGGAAAUACCUCCUGUGACAUCACCAAGAGACAGGAAAUGGACUUGAAAGUUUCGAUGUGCGGCGCGGUGCAGCUCAGAGCAGCAGGUGUUUUCUUCUCUAUGUUCAGCUUUAUUUCUUUUUAGGUGUGUCACAGACAACUUCCUGAUAUAAAUAAAUCCAAUCCAUAAUAAUUGAUGGUAAAAGUUGUCCGUCUGGCAUCCGGAUUAUUCUCAUCUUCUCCAUAGCCAUCGAUAAAGGGAUACUUCACCCAGACUAAUGGUUUAUGAACUUUCAAUCAUGGUUCUGAGUUGAAUCGGGGAAUUUCUUUUCAUUUCUCUCACUCUUUUUUUGCUUUUCUUAUGUUGUCCGAGCAGUCAGUGAUGUGUGAAUGUGUAAUUUAAAGGCUUGCAGUAAGUAUGAACAGUCAUGAUGCUGAUGUGCUGGUGUGACAGGAAAUGUGUGUGUUUGGGAAGUGUUGCAGUGUGUCUGAAGAGAAGUCUCCAGUGGGACAUGCUUUGACAGCUCUGUCUUCUUUCUUGACUCCCUCUACUGUUGCAUUUCUUACUUUGUUAGCUUGGCAUACGUUAUCUUAAAUAGAUCUGAGAUGAUUGAGGGAAGAAUUGAACUUUGUUUUUAAAAAAAUCAAAUGUUUGUCCUCCUUGUGUUCACUGCUAGGAUUCUUUGAGAAUUUAAGUAAAUGCCUUUGACUUAGACAGAAACUGUUUGUUGCACAUGUUACUGUUUUUCUUGUUUUUGCUAAAUAAAGAGGGAUUAAACGAU